AUGCCUCUCCCCGGAAGCAGAGUAUUGGUUGUUGGUAAGUCGCACGAUCUCCAGACCACUCCUCGCCAUGCUGAUGGAUGUCUAGGCGCCAACAGAGGCAUUGGCUUGCAGUUUGUGAAGUCGUAUUUGGCUCUCAACUGUGAAGUGACCGGGACCAUUCGUCCGGACAGCAUGAGUGAUGCGAGCGCGGACGAUCUGAAGCAGACAGGCGCAAAGAUCUUGGCGCUUGACUUCGUUGACGAGAAGACAAUCAUACAAGCGGCCAAAGAUUACGGAGACGAACGAUUGGACAUCCUCGUCAACAAUGGAGGUGUACACGUCUAUCCCGAGUCAUGGCUGGAACACUCGCAACAGUCAUUGAUGGAGCGCUUUCAAAUCAUGGCAGUGGGCCCUUACCUUACUUCCAAACACUUUCUGCCCAACCUGCUCAAAAGUGAUGCCGGCAAGAUCGUGAACAUCUCUUCUGACUUUGGCUCAAUCGGCGAUAAUGACGAGGGUGAAUGUAUCGCCUAUCGCGUAGCCAAAGCUGGGUUGAACCAAGUGACGAUGACGAUCGCCCAGGAGCUCAAAGCGAAAGGGCACAAGAUCUCGACCAUGAGCGUCAACCCAGGCUGGGUACCAACUCGUAUGACCAAGGGAAAGGGCAACACCAAAAUUGAAGAUUCAGUGGGCGGCAUGAUCAAGUUGGCGGAUGAGAUGACGCUGGAGAAUACCGGACAAUUCCGCAAGUGGAACGGCAAGACUCUACCAUUCUGA